AUUUUCGUUUUGCCCUCGCCGCGGGUUGUAUACUAUAGGCUCGAGAUCUCUAUACGCUCUAGACGAAAUCGUCUUCGUCUUCCUCCAAUUGCAGACGAACAGUGGGAUAUCCCCUUACCAAUGGCCUUCCACCCCGCCACGCUGUUCCUCCUCCUUGUCCUCGCCGCCGUCGCGCCGAUCCCCUCCAACGCGCGCCACAUCAUUACUUUCGCCCCCUCACGCGCGGUCAAUCCCGCGUCCCUCGCUUGGGACCCUACGGCGCAGCACUUUGUCGUCGCCGGCGGCGGCGAUGCCGUCCUUUCCGUCUCAGACGCUGGGGUAACCGAAUCGAUCGUCUCCUCUGGCGCCUCUUGCGUCGCCGUCGACGACCGGCGACGCCGCCUCCUCGUCGCUUCCCCGGGAUCCGUCUCCGCGUUCGAUCUCCGCUCCCCGCGGCCGCACCGCCUCAUCCUCUCGACGCCUGUUGCGGACCCCGCCCCUCCGGGCGGCAUCGCUGUGGACCCGCACACCGGGAACGCCUUCCUCACUGUGGGCGCUCGAAUCUACAAGCUAUCCGUAGAGGGCGAGCUCGCCACGCUCGCAUCCGCGCCGGCGCUCGGCUCCGUGCCCCUAGCCUCGCUCACCGCACACGUGAGCCGAGGCUUCCUGCUCGUGGGCCAGCCCAGCUCGGGCAGCGUCCUCCGCGUGGACAUGGAGGACGGCGCCACGAGGACCGUGUCCUGCGCCCUCACGCCGACCGCCGUGGCGGUCCGGACCGAUGGGGCGGUGGCGGUGGGCGGGGCCGCGGGGCUGCGCCUCGUCGUGAGCAACGACGGGUGGGCUUCGUGCGGGGUGCGGGACGAGGCCGCGCCCGCGCCCGACGGCCCCGUGGCCGCGGUGGCGGUGCGGGAGCGGCGACGGGUGUACGCGCUGGUUGGGGCGGCGGCGAUGGACGGGGGCAACAAGUGGCGGAUCGAGGAGGCCUCGUGGAAAUCGGAGUCGGAAGGGGAGAUGGUGGUGGUGCUCGUCUUCGUUGGCGUUGCCCUCACCAUCUUCAUGUUCUGGAGGUUCCAGAUGCGGCAGCUCGCCGGCAACAUGAACAAGAAGAUCAGAUAGUAGUACCAAAUGCAUAACUUGCCUUGUAGUCAAUUGCUUUUCUCAUGCCGUAGUUGGUGUAGCCUCCUGUGGAUUAGACACGUUACUUAUAUUCUAUGUAUGAUAUGAAUUAUGAGUCGUUUGUAAUAUCCGCUGAAAAUUUGUGUAUUUCUGCUUGAG